CUCCGACUUAAUGCCCUCCAGAGCGGUUGGUCCCAGCCCAGGCCUCCCCAUGGCUGUUGGCUGUGCCUGAUGGGAGUUGUUACCCAACACAUUUGGAAAGCACGCGUCUGCGGACAAGUGCGGAACGCGAUCUAGUCCAAUGCAAAGAGCUCAGCUGCCUGGCUGGCUGCACGGAAUAAAACAUGGCUAGAGUGGAAAAGUUCGCUUUCCAUGUACCGAGUCUGGAAGAAGUGGUUGGUGUUCUGCAGAAUGGACUUAAAGAAAAUUUUGCAGAUGUCCAGGUGUCUGUGGUGGAUUGUCCUGAUCUGACUCAAGAACCCUUCAGAUUUCCUGUUAAAGGUAUUUGUGGCAAGCCUAGAAUUGCAGAUGUGGGAGGUGUUCCAUACCUUUUACCUCUUGUACAGAAAGACAAGGUUUAUGACCUGAACACAGUAGCGAAAGAGGUACAGUUGCCAGGAGCAUUUUUUCUUGGUGCUGGAGCCGUUUCAUCCAGAGUGGUUGGGGGCAAUGCUGAGCUUAUCCCAAUUGUUCAAGCUGAAAAGGAAAACAGAGCAGCGAUCAAUGGAAGUUACAUAGCCAUGAUCAACCCUGAAAAUGAGAGCUGUCUGCUGCAAAAGUACAGCUCCCUACAUAAUGAUUGUGAAUUUGGGCUGUUGGCUAACCUGUAUGCAAGUGAAGGCCUUCCUGGUGAGGUAUGUGGCUUGGUCAUUGAAGUGAGAGCAAAUAGAAGAAUUGGUGAGCAGAAUUUCAUAUCUUGCAUAAGGAAAGCCUUAGAAAAUCAUUAUGGUGACAAACCAGUUGGGAUGGGAGGUACAUUCAUUAUCCAGAAAGGAAAAGCAAAACUUCAUAUUAUGCCCUCCGAAUUUUCUGCCUGCCCUCUGAAAACUGACGAGGAACUGAACAAUUGGCUGAAGUUUUUUGAAAUGAAAGCACCACUCAUUUGCCAGCCUGUGAUCAUUUCUCAAGAUCCAGGUUUUGAUCUACGUGUGGAGCACACCCACUGUUUCAGCCACCAUGGUGAAGGGGGCCACUACCAUACGGACACAACGCCAGAGACUGUAGAAUAUCUGGGGUAUUUUGUGCUUGCUGAGUUCCUCUUUCGGAUUGACAGACCAAAGGAGACACAUAUGGUGGGUCGGGAUUAAAGUCGAGCCAGCCCAGGAAGCUGGUUUUAAUUAUGGAGCAGAAAAUCAAAAGAGCUAUCAAAAUUUGCUUUUAAUUAAGGUCAGUUGCAAACUUGUUUAAUCACAACCUGAAUGUAGCGUUUGUUUGGCUGACACUUAGAAAUAAAAAAAUGGCACAAUCAAUUUUCAGGUUGGAAAUGUAGCAUAUUCAGGCUGAUUGCAAAAGAAACAAAACUUGGAGCCCAAUUUUUAAUAUUUACUUUUUAGGUCUUAGGCUCCCCUUCCUUCCCUCAUUAGCAUCUAGUUUUCAGCUGCAGUCUGGGUGGGGAAUCUACAGCUCUCCCAAGAUUCAAGUCAAACUCAAGUCUGUUAACCCUAGACAGUCCAUAGACAGUGUUCUUUUUUUAUUGCUUAGCUUAGCCUACAGCCCUGAUGUUUCUUGGCAGAAUCCCAUGCAAGCACUAACCAGUUCAGCCUCUGCUUAGAUUUUUGAGAUCAUCCAAGGAGCUGCAUGCUGCUACCUAGUUUGUUGUAUGAACCAAGCUAAUUGUGAACAAUGGAUAAGCGAUCUGUGGCUUAAUACAAUGGCGUGAACCAAGCCAGGGUGACUGUCAGUGCUCUAAGAAAUUUUGUCUCAGCCUUUAAGUUGAGAAUCUGACAUUAAGACUUCCUUUUAGUCAAUGUGGAAUCUCAUGAGAUACAGGUAAGAAGAAGUCAGAAUUGUGAACUUUGCUGUAAUUUCACUGACGUAAAACCGAUCAGGAGGUUGAUCCUAUGAAUAAAUUGGACCAGUUGCAGUGCCA